ACUCGUUACCCGACAACGGGACAAUUUAUACCGUCACAAAUUGGAAUGGAACAACAGUGAUUUCUGCUUUACUCAAUUUGUAAUAAAUUUGUCACUCGUUUACCCGCGAACGGGACAGUUAUAGCGUAUAAAUUUUCACCGUAAUCUCUGCAUCGCAACAUCUCUUAUCGCAAAUGUCGCACAAAUUCAAGGGUUUACUGUACGGAUGUAUACAUAAAGAUGAAAAGGGACCAAUUUGCUUCGUCUCUGAGAAAAAUAUAAAGUUAAAUGUAAUAUUCACAGUAGCGAUUCAACGAAUCUGAAAUAUUUUCAAAUUUUAAGAACUAAUUUACAACGAAUAGACUAAAUUAUAAAGGGAAAAAUAAAAAUUUCAGUUCAGUUUGUAAUAAACAUAGCUACAAAAUGGAAACUGGAACAAGGAACAUGCGUCAAAGCGUUCGGCGAGCUACUCGGAACGGCUUUUCUGCUCUUCAUCGGAUGCCUGACGGAUGUCGGCAGCAUGACCGUAAAUCCUCGACCGGAGCAUCUCACUGCGUUCAAUAUGGGACUUGUAGUGAACAGUAUCAUCAUGAUGCUGGGUCACAUAAGUGGCGCGUACAUAAACCCCGCGAUGACAAUCGGCGCCGUGAUAUGCGGUUACAGAAGCGUACCGACUGGCAUAAUCCUCAUUAUCGGCGAGAUAGUCGGCGCUGUAUUGGGAUAUGGACUCCUACUGGUAGUGACACCCCUGACCCUGAGGAACACGGGGUAUUCGGAGUCCGGCGGAGUGUGUCUCACCUUGGUUUACCCGGAGCUUUCGUCCCUUCAGGGGUUGAUAGUGGAGAUUGUCUCGACCAUCGCAUUAAUGAUGGUAAACUGCGCGGCUUGGGACUCGAGGAAUACUCAUAAUUCAGACUCCACUUCGCUAAGGAUCGGGUUCGCAGUGACAGCCCUCUCGGUUGCCGGCGUUCCGUACACGGGUUGCAGCAUGAACCCAGCGAGGAGCUUCGCCCCCGCUCUUUGGAACAACAACUGGACCAGUCACUGGGUGUACUGGGUAGGCCCCGUGAUCGGUGCCAUCAUCGGCAGCCUGACCUACACCAUCAUUUUCAAAGACAGACCGUUAAAGUCUGACGAAGACACGAGGGACUGAGGCUCUUCAGGG